GUAAAGUACAAUACAGGUCUACGUCUUCAAUCCUAUCUUGUAUCCCGUCGACAUCAAAUAACUCAACAGUUGCUGAAAGACGAGCUACCUUCCGACGUUAUCUGCUUUUUAGAACACCCUCCCACCUAUACAGCUGGACGAAGAAUUCGUGGUAAAACUGAAAUUGAAGAAGAGGAGCGUCUAAAACAACUAGGAGCAGACUAUGUCGGGACAAUGCGUGGAGGGCAAAUCACAUUUCAUGGACCAGGACAGUUGAUCGCUUACCCUAUCCUAGAUGUACGAGACUAUCAACUCAACGUGCGGUGUUACGUCUCCACUUUGGAAAAAACAGUGAUUGAUUGUUGUUCUCAAUUUAAUAUCAAGGCUAAUACGACAGAAAAUACCGGUGUAUGGGUAGGGCAGGAUAAGAAAAUUGCAGCCCUGGGCGUACAUUUACAACGCUAUGUCAGUAGUCAUGGUCUAGCUCUGAAUUGCAAUACAGAUUUAAAGUGGUUUGAGCAUAUUGUGCCGUGUGGUCUAUCAGAUAAAAGUGUUACUUCUAUAUCAAAAGAG